AUGGACUGCUUGCCAGAAAGGCCCCCAGGGCGCAUCAUCAAGCAGAUCCCACAUGUUGAGGAGGCCAUCCAGAGGUUGCAAGAGCUCCAGAACACCGACGAGGUGGAAGCCGCGCAGUCCCUGUUGGUCCGCAUGAUUAGCAUCGAUGAGGCAAGCUUCUGCAGUGUGUUUCCUUUUGCCCAGCCCCAAACGCUACAAACUCCAGAUAUCAUGGGCCGAACCUUGCUCCACUAUGCAGCUGCUCUCGGGAAACUGAGUGCGCUCUCGCUCCUCUUAUCAUGCGAUGCAGUGGACACCAAUGCCCGCGAUGAUGCGGGCGACACCCCAUUGCACCUUGCCGCGGGUAAUGGGGAGCGGGGCACCUGCGAGCUGCUGUUGGGACAUUCACGGGUGGAUCGGACGGUGCAAGAUGAUUUGGGGAGGACUGCGCUGGAUGUUGCCCACUCGGCAGCAGCCCACUAUUUUGCGACCGAGGCCGUGCACGCCCUGGCCAGAAAAGCAAUAGCCACUUGA